CCAGGCGCCAUGAACGGAGAGAGGGGGGAGGGAGGGGGGGGGGGGAGGGAGGGGGGAGGGGGGGGGGAGGGGGGAGGGGGGAGGGAGGGGGGGAGGGAGGGGGGGAGGGGGGGAGGGAGGGGGGGGAGGGGGGGAGGGGGGGAGGGAGGGGGGAGGGGGGGAGGGAGGGGGGGAGGGGGGAGGGAGGGGGGAGGGGGGGAGGGGGGGGGAGGGCGGGAGGGGGGGGGGGAGGGCGGGAGGGGGGGGGAGGGCGGGAGGGGGGGGGGGAGGGCGGGAGGGGGGGGGGAGGGCGGGAGGGGGGGGAGGGCGGGAGGGGGGAGGGCGGGAGGGCGGGAGGGCGGGAGGGCGGGAGGGCGGGAGGGCGGGAGGGCGGGAGGGCGGGAGGGCGGGAGGGCGGGAGGGGGAGGGACGCGGGGAGGGACGCGGGGAGGGAAGGGAGGAGGGGGGAGGAAGGGGGGAGGGAGGGGGGGAGGGAGGGGGGAGGGAGGGCGGGAUGGCGGGAGGGCGGGAGGGGGAGGGACGCGGGGAGCAAGAAUUUUCUCUACAGAACAACAAGUGUUUUACAGCCCGUAGCCACGUAUGGCUAAAACCACCA